GAUUGUGGAAUAUAUCAGAAUUUUGAAAGAAAGUGGGUCAGAAGUAAACUGCCAUAAUGAGUACGGACGCGGAAAUGGCCAUUUAUGGCAAAGCUGCCAUUUACCUUCGUAAGCCAGAAAAGGAGAGAAUUGAGGCUCAAAGUGCACCAUUUGAUGCCAAGAGUGCCUGCUACGUGGCUGAUAAGGCGGAGCUGUACUUGAAGGCAAAAAUCCUCAAGAAAGAUGGUGACAAAGUCACUGUCGAAGUCCUGACCACUAAAGAGGAGAGGACAGUUAAAGAAGCUGACGUCCAUCCAAUGAACCCUCCCAAGUAUGACAAGAUUGAGGACAUGGCCAUGAUGACCCAUCUCAAUGAAGCCUCUGUGCUGUAUAACCUCAAAGAGCGUUAUGCAGCAUGGAUGAUCUACACCUACUCUGGGUUGUUCUGUGCAACUGUGAACCCCUACAAGUGGCUCCCAGUGUACGAUGCUGAAUGUGUAAGUGCCUAUAGAGGCAAGAAGCGUAUGGAGGCUCCACCCCACAUCUUCUCUGUCUCUGACAACGCUUUUCAGUUCAUGCUUACUGAUAGGGAGAACCAGUCUGUCUUGAUCACGUGA